AUGAUUAAGGGUUGGAACAAGGAGAAGGUCGGUAAUUUGGAUUUGAAAUUGGCAGGGAUUCUUGGAAAGAUUAAGGAAAUUGACAAGUUAGAGGAGCAAGGGACCAUUUCAGAAGCACAACAUGUUGAAAGGGCUCUUCUCAGAUGUGAGUUGGAAAAGAUUCUGCUAAAGGAGGAGAUUACAUGGCGUCAGAAAUCGCGUGAGAUAUGGCUGAAAGUCGGUGAGAAAAACAAUUCUUUUUUCACAUGGUGGCAAAGAGUAACCAUAGAAGGAAAAAGUAAUAAUAUCAAGGUGAAUGGGACAUAUUCAGAAACAAAAGAAGAGUUGCAGUCGGCUAUUGCGGAAUAUUUUCAGGGACGUUUUAUGGAGCUUAGGGAGGAGAGGCCUUAA